GUUUAUGUACAAAGAGCGUGCACAUCACUGAUAGCCGUUGAAGCUAAUUUUACACAAUUUCUGUACAUGGUAAGGCUGUGUUUGGACUUCCUUUCAGAAGAGCAAGGAGAUGAAGUUAUAAUGAUUCACAUAUAACUAUCUCUAAACUAAUAUAUUAAAGAUAAUCUAUUUCCUUGAGAGGCAAUUUAAGGCAAAUUUCCAUAUCUAUCACUGGAGCAGUCUUCCUUAUUUUAUGCAGUGUCAUUUAUCUCACUGACAAGUUUCUUCCGCUAAUUUUGGUAAACUUCCUGGUUUGUCCAUAAAUGGAAAGGAAUAUUUUUUCCCCCCUAUGCCACUUGUUCAAAGCCGGACAGCAAUGCAUAGUUUUAUUCAUUGAACGGCAGCUAAAGGAAGAAACGGGAGCUUGUGAAUACCCUAGCAUUGAACAGCUCCACUGUUGGCAGUGACUGUGUUGAAGACAGACCCUUAAACAAAAUGAGUGACCUACAAGAAGAAGGUAAAAAUGCCAUCAACGCUCCCCUAUCUCCAAUACCAACAGACAUUAUUCAUCCAGAGGACACAUUGCUAGACGAGAAUGAAGAACGUACUAUGAUUGAGCAAUAUUCCAAGGAAGAAGCAAAGUAUAAAGAGCUAGUAAAGGUUCUAAUUGACUGGAUUAACGAUGUCCUUGUUGAAGAAAGAAUAAUAGUGAAGUCACUUGAGGAAGAUCUGUAUGAUGGUCAGGUUCUGCAGAAGUUGCUCGAGAAACUUGCAGGUCGAAAACUGAAUGUUGCUGAAGUGACUCAGUCUGAAAUAGGCCAGAAACAGAAGCUUCAGACCGUAUUGGAAUCUGUAAACAACCUACUUCGACCUCAAGGGUGGGCAAUCAAAUGGAGCAUUGAUUCAAUCCAUGCGAAAAAAACUGUGGCUAUUCUUCACCUUCUCGUGGCUUUGGCCAUGCAUUUUCGAGCCCCUGUUAGAUUGCCAGAACAUGUCUCCGUGCAGAUGGUAGUUGUGAGGAAGCGAGAAGGGAUCCUUCAAACAUCACAUGUUACAGAGGAGUUUACCAGCACUACAGAGAUGAUGAUGGGAAGGUUUGAACGAGAUGCAUUUGAUACACUAUUCGACCAUGCGCCUGAUAAGCUCAGUGUUGUUAAAAAGUCGCUUAUCACCUUUGUGAAUAAACAUUUGAACAAACUCAACUUGGAGGUGACAGAACUGGAGACACAGUUUGCAGAUGGUGUGUACCUGGUGUUACUUAUGGGUCUUCUUGAAGAUUAUUUUGUUCCUCUCUACAAUUUUUAUCUGACACCAGAAAGUUUUGAACAGAAGGUCCAUAAUGUAUUGUUUUCCUUUGAGCUCAUGCAAGAUGGAGGAAUUAAGAAACCAAAAGCUCGACCAGAAGAUGUGGUAAAUUUGGAUCUGAAGUCAACGCUCAGAGUGCUUUACAAUCUAUUCACAAAAUACAAGAACGUGGAGUGACGGCCAACAUAACCACGAUGUGCUCAGACAGAAAUAUUACCAGUUAAUUACCGGGACUGAUUCCUAAGUACAUGUGCCUUACCAAGUUUAUAUUAGUAUCACUUUCUUGUUUUUUUUUUUAAUUGGAAGAUGCCAUUUUGUGAUUUCUUAAACGAGCAGUGUUUUCCCUC